AUGUUUGAGUAUGAGUCGGAGGACUUGCACACACCUAUGGGUUCCGAUGAUGAAGGUGAAGGCCACAAGUUUCCAGAGUUUGACGAUGACUAUGCUCACGGUCAGGGCAGAUUUGAGUUAGGGAUGAGGUUUGCAAGUGUUGAACGGUUUAAAGAUGUGGUGAAGGACUCAUUCAUUGCUGAAGGUAGGGAGGUAAAGUGGAUCAAAAAUGAUAGGGAGAGAGUGAGAGUGGGCUGCAAGGAUGAAGAAUACAAUUUCUUGGUUCAUCUUUCUUACAACAAAACUCUGCAAUGUUACCAAAUUAAGACCUACCAGCCAGAGCAUAGUUGUGCAAGGGAUUUAGGGAGUAACGCAGCAGACCAGCAUUGGAUCAGCAGGAAAAUUGUGAAGAGGAUGGCUACCCAACCACACAUGACUACUAGGGAGGCAACUGAGUUCCUAAGGGAGGAAUUUUCUCUUGCUCUCCAUCCUAAAAUGGUGUAUAGAGCAGUGGUUGAGGCCAGGGAUAAGAUUAUGGGAAACGAGAAGGAACAAUACAAGAGGACAAGGGAUUAUUGUGAGCAGAUUUUAAGUUCUAAUCCAGGAUCUACUGCAAGGCUGGAACUUAUGACACUUCCUGAAGCUCCCCCUGUUUUCGACAAGAUAUACAUAUGCUUAGAUGCCUGUAAGCGAGGGUUCAAGGAAGGGUGUAGGCCUUUGCUGCACCUGGAUGGAUGCUUUCUCAAGACAUACUACAUGGGGUGGCUUUUAUCAGCAGUUGCCCAAGACGCGAACAACCAAUUUUAUGUGGUUGCAUAUGGGGUCGUCAGGGCUGAGACGAAGGAUGCCUGGAAAUGGUUCCUCACUAACCUUCAGGCAGACAUAGGAGACGACAUAAAUCAUGGCUGGAACUUCAUUUCAGAUCAACAAAAGGGUUUACUCCCUGCCUUAAAGGAAGUCAUGCCAAAAGCCAGGCACAGGAACUGCGUGAUGCAUAUGUGGAAGAACUUCGUUAAUAGAUUCAAAGAUCUAUACAUAAGAGAGGUUGUCUGGGAGUGUGCCAGAUGCACAACAGUUGCAGAGUUCAAAGACUGUAUGGAAGGGCUGAAGGCAGUGAAUCAGGGGGCUUGGGAAUACCUCUCCAAGUUUGAGCCAGAGACAUGGGUCAAGGCUUAUUUUUCACAUGGCCCGAAAGUUGAUAACCUCACCAACAACAUGUGUGAGGUGUUCAAUGCCAAAAUAGUUAACUAUCGCUGCAAGCCAAUCCUCACUAUGUGUGAAGAGAUCAGGUGUUACCUGAUGAGGAGGAUGGUAAACCACAAGCGGGUUUUGGAAAAUCACCCUGGUAAACUAGCACCAGUGCAGCAAAAACGGUUGGAAAAAUUACUGACUCUUAGCACAAAGUGGGUGGCAGAGUGGGUUGGAGAUAAUGAAAGAAAAAGGUUUGAGGUGAGCCGCAAAGGAGUCAAGGUUGAUGUGGACCUGAUUAAGUACACAUGCUCCUGCAAUCGAUGGCAACUUACUGGAAUGCCAUGCACACAUGCCCUUGCUGCUAUAAUGAAAAGGCGUGACAAGGCAGAAGAUUACGUGCACCCCUGGUUGUGUAUGGAAUCCAUAAAGAGGACUUACUCACAUUGCAUCAAACCAGUCCCCAGUGCAGAUUUCUGGCCCCGAACUGAAUACUCACAACCAGAACCCCCCAUCAUCAAGAGGCCUAUUGGCCGGUGGUGCGCGAAAUUGUGA